AGCCUUCACUUGCCGGGGGGGGAGAGAAAAGGCUGCAGGUUUGUUGUAGUGAGUUUAUCACUGAGACAGGGGUCAAGUGAAAGACAAAGAAAAAUGGCGAUUGCGUUCAUUUACUGGCUUCAGAGCUGCAAGCUUUCUACUUUGCACUGUGUCCUGUCUGUAUUGCACUGCAGCUGCGUUUGGGGUUCGCUGCAUUUGAGAAGGUUUUGAUUGUUGGCCUCCUUGUUUUUUUGGAGCCUAGGAGUGUCUUCCAGUGCUCCUUUUCCUCUCCUUCCGGACCUGGAGAGGAAAGAGUACAUUCGUACUAUGAAGCUGGAUGUUGGGCUUUCUUGUAUUGGACUCAUUCUAGGUUGUUGCUGUCCCAUUGAUCAGCCUGUCAUCUGAAUCAAGACCCUGUGCUCGCCCCUGUCUCGACACUAUGUUCCCCAACGUUUUUGGGAUGUUCUUUGUGUCCUCCUUUGUGGCGACAGACUCAAGCCUAGGAAUGUCUAACACUGCAGAUGGUUCAUUUAGUACAGCCUCUCAGGGAGGUGGCAGCACUGAAGCCCAACACUUGCUCCAGACAUUCUGGCCACGUGCCAUGGAAGAGAUACGCAAUUUGACGCCGAAUGAUUUCAAGGUGCAAGAUCUCCCCUUAGCUCGUAUCAAGAAGAUCAUGAAGCUUGAUGAAGAUGUAAAGAUGAUCAGUGCAGAGGCACCAGUGCUGUUUGCGAAGGCAGCUCAGAUUUUCAUUACAGAGUUAUCCUUGCGAGCAUGGAUACACACUGAAGAUAACAAACGCAGGACUCUGCAGAGGAAUGACAUUGCCAUGGCCAUUACUAAGUUCGAUCAGUUUGAUUUUCUGAUUGACAUUGUUCCAAGAGAUGAGCUCAAACCUCCAAAACGACAGGAGGAAGUUCGCCAGACAGUUCCAAGCUCAGAGCAAGUGCAGUACUACUUCACUUUAGCUCAGCAGCCCACAACUGUGCAAGUACAGGGGCAGCAACAGGGGCAACAGGGCUCUGGUAGCACAACCAUACAACCAAGUCAGAUCAUCAUUGGACAACCGCAGCAGGGACAGGUAGUGCAAGGAGCUACUGUCCAACAGUUACAGCAAGUGCAGGUUGCACAGUCUCAGACUACAGCAUCAUCCAUUACGACUGCCCCAGUGACAAUGCAGGUUGGAGAUGGACAACAGGUACAGAUUGUUCCAGCACAGAAUCAAACACAGCAGACUCAGUCCAAUUCGGGGCAGACCAUGCAGGUCAUGCAGCAGAUUAUCACCAACACCGGCGAGAUACAACAAAUACCGGUGCAACUGAAUGCAGGUCAGUUGCAGUAUAUUCGGCUGGCUCAGCCUGUAUCUGGAACUCAGGUGGUACAGGGGCAGAUCCAGACUCUUGCCUCAGGAACUACACAGCAGGUAGGACAAACAGAAGUUCAGCAGGGACAGCAACAGCAGCAGCAACAGUACAGCCAAUUUACUGAUGGACAGCAACUGUACCAGAUUCAACAGGUUACCAUGCCAGCAGGACAGGACAUCACCCAGCCUAUGUUCAUCCAGUCCACAAAUCAAACUACAGAUGGGCAGCCGACUCAGGUUACAGGGGAAUAGUGCAAAGAUUGUACAGCUGAAAUCAACUGCCACAGAAGCCAUUGUAUAAAUAGUAAAGUCACUAAAUAACCAGGAUGGAAAAUGACUCUUUGACAUUUUUCUUUUUCCGUUGCGUUGUGCUAAGUAAAAAUAAUUGUACAUAAGUAAAUUGCAAUAAACUCCUUCCGAGUAAUGCUUUGUAAACCCGUGUGAGGACAGGUAAGAAGGAGGGUUCCUACCUGUUCUGAUCACCCUGUACCAUCAUUGAUCAUAUUGCUGUUGUUUUAUUCAUUUGUACAGUGUUGUUUUUCACCAAGGUUAAUCAGCUUUUUCCUAAAAAAACAUAAUGCAGCAAAUCAGAGUUAUAUGGAGGUAAAUCUGUAAGUUGUGUUCCUUGGUUCACAUACCAGAAAGUCUGCUGCACAAUUCCUCUGUAACCGGUUUAUAAACCAGUGAACGCUGAAUCAAGACCCGUUUAUGUAAAUUGGUCAAAAUUGAGAACUGAUCAUUGAGAGAUGCUCAUAAUGAAACAUUAUCAGGGACAGUUCCACAUCGAUGAAAAUAUGUAUUUAUAUUGGGCUUUUAACAGUGGAAUUCCAUCGGAGUGUUACAAUAGAAAAUAUGACCAAAGGUUAAUAGUGGAAAGUGAGGUGCAGUCAGAGUCGCAGGGAGCAUAUUCAUGGACUAGGGGCUAAACAACUGAAGGCACAGACACCAGUGGGCCAGUGAUUUUAAAUUGAUGGUGCUGAAGAAAUUCAAAUUAGAUGAGUGCACAUUCCUUGGAAGGUUGUCAGCUUGAGGUUACAGCAAUAAGAAGGAAUGACUGCUUGGGUGGAUUUGAAACCAGGAUGAAAAUUUAAAAAUCGAGACUAACUUUGAGAGUGCUGUGUAAAUCAGGGACCAGUCGUCUCCAGAGAGGAGUAAAAAGAGACUUCUUAGAGAAUGCUGAUGAAACAUUGAACAGUGUUUGUAAACUGUGCUCUCCAACCCAACAACUACAGUCUCCUAUAGCUGUUGCAAAAAUGGGAUUAAACUUUAAAUAUUUAAUGAGAUAUGUACAUUACUGGCUAUAUUAGCAUUUGUUUUUCACCUCUAGUUGUCCUUCCAUCUAAUUGUUUUACUUAUUUAGGAAAUCUGUUUAAUGUUUUCAAAAUGCUGACAGUUCAGUGGAGUUUAGGAUGUUGGUGUUUACAAUAACCAUCUCUUUACUUGGAUCUAACUGUGUAAUAACCAUGAGUGAGCUGCACAGGGUCAUGAAGAUGAGGUAAUUGGUCAGGUAUUUCAACAUAGCUGAUACUUGAUGGAUACUUGUUCCAAUCCAGUUACAAGCUGCUCCUGCUCCACUCCCAAUCUCCUUUUGUUGGCUCUCAAAGUGCAAUGUGGCUCCAGAAAGGACAUUGGGCAUUUUCUUUACAGUACUGGAGGUGGGGUACAGCACUGAUGAUCCGGCAUGCUCUUGGCAGCUUUUGAAAUGUUAUUAUCCUGGUGUCUUCCUUUUUCCUGGUACGUAUCACAAAAUCGAUAUGGAUGAGUGAGGCCCUUCCAUCCAUGCAGCAGUCCUCAGUUUCAAUACACUGUGGAGGUGGAGGAACACAGCAGAUUUGGCAGCAUCAGAGGAGCAGGAGAGUUGACGUUUUGGGGUCGGGACUAUCCUACCCUUAACCCUAUCUCCGAAAAAUCCUCAGUUUCCCUAGUGCGGCAUCUAUACUUCUUGAAAAUUUCCAAGGUGUUGUUUCCACUUCUCUGCAAAGAAGCUGUGUUGAUACCUGUAUGAUAAUCAUCUGGCUUCAAUCCUACCCCCCACCCCCGGUUGCCAUUUUGUGAAUUUGAAACUGAUUUGACCUUGUGAAUUCGGCUUUCUAUGCUUGCUAUACUAUGAUACAUGUGCUCCUUUGCUGGAGGCUAAACAGCCCCAGUUUCUCCAUCAUUCCUUGUAUCUGAGAACAUUGACACUAGGAUUGACUCCUGGGAAUUUUUGUGCUCUGCUUCCAACACUUUGGUAUCUUGCCCAUGUGUUUGGUCAUCUAAAAUCUGAUGAAGAAAUAUUCUGUAUAGUAUUGUACUCAACAUGAUCUCAGCUACUUCAACUAUGUAGUUGAAUAUUGCUAAUUGCUACUGAUAUGUACGAUAGUAUUUGUUCACCUAGCAUGGACAGCCCUGAUGGAGCUGACUUUUAUUGCUGAGCUACACUUACCUGGGAAGUUGGUCGUGGGUUGCCUUUUCCUGCAGUACUGUUAAACAGUUUAGACCUAAUUUAGUACUGAACUUCAUUGAACCUGGGAGGCCUUUUUGAAAUCCCUGACUAAUUUUACACCAUUCAUGGACUAUCGUUUUUUUUUCCUCUGUAUAGACUGUCAGUAUUACUUAGUCAGUUUCUUCACUGUUCAAGCAGUUUGAUUUACUAGACUUUUAUAACUUCCAUGGUUUCCAUUGUUGCUAAUCUGAAUAGAGUAGCAUCCUAUAUACAGCUUGAACUUACAAUUGAGUUUCUGUAUUUUCAAAUGGGAUGAACAGGCCUGUUAUGAGUGCUGUAUAGAGCGCAUCUCAAAACCCUGAGUCAUUCUGUAUUUUAAUAAAUGUAGAUCAUUUUGUGUUAAUUAAUGGGGAGUAAUUUGUUCCCGUGAUCCUGGCUGUGGAUUGGUCAGCACUGACACAAAUGUUGACUUUGAACGAACAGAAAAAUUUCAGUUUUGAAAGAAUGAAGGCUUUCAAGAAUCCUUAUGUAUUGUUUAAAAAAAAGUCUGUUUUCUAUUCAUCCUUACCAGGUCAGGCUUAAUUUCAAUUUGUUUUAAUCCUGCUAGUUCCACAGUGAAUAAUGCAUUACUGGAAUCAGUCCAUUAAGCCCAUCAUGUUUGUGCCUGCUCUAUGAAAGAGCUAUCUAAUUUAAUCACAUUUUCCAUAAAGUGCUGCAAAUGUUUUUCAGUUCAAAUAUUUUUCUAAUAUCCUUCUGAAAAUGUUAUUGAAUCUGCUUUUAACACUCUUUGAGACAGUACUUCCAGAUGUAUAUUUCUCCUGUUCCUUCAAGAUCUCUUGCCCAGUACCUUAAAUCUGUGUUCUGACUACUGGCUUUCUGCUUUUGGAACCUGUUUCUUGGACAUGGAACAGAUCAUAAAUUCUGAGCAUUACUCAGGAUAGCCUUGAAGAAUGAUUAAAGCAAAUCUAAGUAAUAGUAACACAAGACAGAGCAAUAGCAGGUUUUCUUCAAAUUAGACUUAGCUGUGCUUGCAUUGGGACUGGGCGCAACAUUUCCCAGGUGUCAUAAAUUAUUCUUUAUGCACGUCAGCUAGUUUGUGCUAUUCCUCCUUGACUGCACCUGAAGGAAUUUAGUUCUUUUGAAAUUGAAACUUUGUUCUAAUGAGUUUGUCAAGAUGAAGGUUUGGAUGUAAAGUUAGGCUGAGAUCACACUGUGGAUCUAAUAGCUAAAUACAUGGAGAGGACCAUACCUGACCUGCACGAAUCCUCUGCCUGCGUGCUUCACUUCUUGAGCCCUUCAUUUGUCUGGGCACCCUGUAUUACACGGAGAAACCGCUUUUAGUUGUCAUUGGUGAAGCUCUGUUUGAAAGUGCAAUGAAUGUGACUUCUGGGUCAGGAUGAGAUUGGAUUUGUUCAUAAUGCCUCCCCCACGCCCCUCCCCUCCCUAGCUGCCGCCCCAAUAAAAAGCCGUGAUGUGGAUGCGCCAGUGUUGGAUUGGGGUGGAUGAAGUCAGAAGUCACACGGCACCAGGUUAUAGUCAAACAGAUGUAUUUGAAAUCACAAGCUUUCAGAGCGUAGCCCCUUCAUCAGAUGAAGUGAAAGAGAAGCACACAGACACAGAAUUUAGAGACAAGGAGAAAAAAAAUCAUACAAAUUGUGUGAGUGGAAUGUCAAAUAAGAAGUCCCUGCUGGUGAUCUUAAGUGUUAGCCGGUGUGAGUAAACUGUCAACAGCUGAAUAACCAGUGAAGUGACCUAUAAUCUGAUUAAAUGAGCUUGAUAAAGGGGCAGUACUUUGAAAGAUUGUGAUUUGAAAUAAACCUGUUGGACUAUAACCUGGUGUUGUGAUUUCUAAAUAAAAUGCUUACCACUGAUUCCUAUCUUAAGCCAUAUGUAAAGAUUGACUCCAUUUGCCAGAUACUUGAGGGCAGUUGCAGUGUUGAAAUUUUAUCCCAGCAGGAUUCAGCAUUUUUGUUGGGGAUCAGAUUGGAAGUGUUCUAAAAUGAUACCGGAACCUGAUGUUUUACAAGUUUCUGAAACUAGAUUUCCUUCAUUUUGUUGCUGAAAAUAUAUUUGACUGUUGCCAAACAGUGUUUGUUUACUAUUAUGCUUUUCAAAUCCCCAAUACAAACUCCUAUUUUCUUCCUUCGUGAUUGGAUAGCUCCUUGCCAGAUCUGUUUGUAGCUCAAAAUCACAUUGACAAUCCUGAGAUUCUUGUGGCAACAGACCAAUUCUGAUCUUAACUGUUUGCUUACCUAAUUUCUUCAUUUCCUAUCAUGUGUAAAUUUAUCAAAAACAACUAAGUUCCAUUGAACAGCAACUAAAUUGUGCCCAACCUGAUUACAGAACCACACAGGUGAUGGAUACAAACUAGACAUGCUCUCAGUUCACUUCAGUGUGCUGAAUUAAGUGAUCUUGGCAAUACUACAUAUACAUGAUACAGUCAAACAUGCCACAUCUAGAUUUGAGAUAGAGGAUAAUUAUGCUGCAGUAUUCCCCAGCAGUGAUGGAAGACACUUGGAGGUGAGAGGAGCAUCAGCAUAGGCCCCUGCCACUUGAUUAUUGUUGGUGACCAGUUUAUUAGCAAUGGUCCUCUCCUGUGAAUAAAUUGAUAAAACCUGAAGUGAGUGUGUGAUGGUGAGAAGAUCAUGUACUGGACAUUGCAAUGUUUAGAAAAGCUGAUUAAUUUUGUGUGCUUCAUUUCAGUUUUAUAAACCACAGUUUACUUAAGGAGUAUUUGACUUGGUGUGUGCAUUAAAAAUAAUGUUUAUUUGAUUUCAUCCAUGUCUCCAAUGGUUCCCAUUUAAAACCCACAUCUCCCCUUCUAGCAAUGACUCUCUUCAAAUCUUAUGUCCUUGUUUGAUAUUCACUAAGUAUCCCCAUUGUACACCUUUCUCCUCUAGCCAUGGUUUUCAGUCCACACUUGUGCUCAGCAGCUCCCCCCCUGCCUCACCUGAUAUUUAAUCAGACAACAGCACUUCCUUUCCAAUGGUAAUCUCAUUCAAUGCACAUCCCAUAUCUGCUUUUCCUCUGUGUUGGGAUGGCCCAGUGUCUGUACAAGAGCCAAUCGCGAGCUUCCAUAUCCGUCCUAGUUUCAAAAAAAGUGCUAAGGAAGAGUUACUCGGCAAAUUGUAACUCCCCAGUCAGGGUUGAGGACCUGGGGAUGAAACUGCUUCUCUCUGAUGUGUUUUUAUGCCUUUUCCAGGGUGAUGAGAACAUUCUAAUUAUAUGUGUACCCUAUGUUACAGUUUCUCACUCUCCCUCUGAGUAAUUGCACUAUUGUGUGAAACACUGAGUGCAUCUGUUGUUGCUUCAAGCUGUCUUAAUAAUUUUCUGAUAUCUGGAAUCUUUGGUAUUAGCACAUUUUUACUUUAUAUGCCUUUAGAAAUAAAAAACUUUUGUUAUA